AUGUCUGAAAAUACUGUUACUGCUGAUGGCACUAAAAGAAGACGUCGUUCUACAAGUGAUAUCGAGAGAAGACGUCGUCGUCAACAAAAAAUUUUAGGGGAGGCAGAUAAUAGUCCUUUUUCGCGUAGUAGUAGAAGAUAUACUGGUAAUUUCGAAGCAUACAGUGGUAGUGGUGGCAAUUUACACGGAUCAAUUUCAAGACAAUUAAAUACGUUAUCAGGAAAUGAGGAACUAUUAUUAUCACAAAGGAAUAAUAAUAAUGAAUUUUAUAGAAACAUGUUAGAAAAUCGUCAACAUCAAGGAAGAAAUAGUAACACCACAUCUUUUGCAUCACCGAUUGGCGAAUACGAAUACUCGCCACGAUUCCCAUUGUCAACAGAUGACACAGAUAUUUUUCUAAAUCAACAAUUAGAACAAAUGCCAUUACCAUUUCCGCCAUUUCUUAACCCUGAUAUGAGGAUUUUUUCACUAUUUGGUGAUAGUGGUAGUAGCAAUUUAUUAAGGUUGCAAGGUGGUUUGACUAGAUUUUAUUAUUUAAAUUAUGAAAAACCUGAUGAUAUAUUAGUAAUCAAUCGAAUCCAUAGUGUGCCAUUAUUUUGGUAUUUUAUAACAGCUGAGUUAAUAUUACAAUCUACGAGAUUAUUAUUACAAAAGGAUCAACUAUUUCAAGGUUCAACAUUGGGAAGCCUAGCAGCUAAUUUACCUGCACCAUUUCCAGAUAUAAUUAAAAUUUUAAUAAGAUAUCGAUUAAUAUGGAAUAGUUUAUGGGAAGAUGUUUGUGUCUUGGUGUUUGUAGUAGGAUUUUUUAUAACAAUUUCCCCUAUAUUAACAUACUUUGAUUAA